AUGAAGCUCUCACUGGCAGAUGUUAAACAGCACAAUAGCCGGAAAUCUUGCUGGAUUGCCAUUCAUGGUGCUGUCUACGAUGUGACAGAUUUCUUAGACACCCACCCCGGCGGUGCAAAGGUCAUCUUACGUUGUGCCGGCAAAGAUGCCACCGAUGAAUUUGACUCGGUCCAUUCACUAGAGGUCCUAAGUGAGGCUUUACCGGAUAGUGCCUUGAAGGGUCAGAUCGACCUUAACGAGCUGAAGGCCUCAAAGAAUUCUGAACCUUCUGUCAGCGAGGUAUCAGCCAAACCAGGGUAUGGUGGCCCUCCACCACUGAACACCCUCAUCAAUCUACACGACUUCGAACAAGUGGCCCAAGAAUAUUUACCGGCUAAUGCUUGGGCUUAUUAUUCAUCCGGGGCCGACGAUGAGAUCAGCAAACGAAACAAUAACAAUUCAUACCAGAAAGUCUCUCUGCGACCUCGAAUCCUACGCAAAAUCCCCGCAGUCGACACCACGACAUCCAUUCUGGGCCACUCUGUGUCCUUGCCAGUGUACAUAUCACCAGUUGGAAUCGCCAAGCUUGCGCAUCCCGAUGGCGAAUGCGCCUUGGCUGCAGCGGCCGGCAAAGAGGGAAUAGCUCAAGUUCUUGCUAACGGCGCCAGCAUGCCGAUUGAGCGGGUGAUGGAGGCCCGCACUUCGUCAGACCAGCCUUUGUUUGCCCAGUUAUAUGUAAACCGAGAUAUAAGCAAGUCGGUGGAGACGAUCCGACGGGCAAUUAAGGCGGGGGCUCAGGCCAUUUGGAUUACCGUUGACUCUCCGGUGGUUGGGAAACGAGAGAUGGAUGAGAGAUUGAAUUUGAGCGUCAUGGCAGAAGAUAGUGAUGCCCAGGGGCAAGGCGUUGCUAAGAUCAUGGCCAGCUCGAUCUCUCCUUUCAUUGACUGGAGCAUCCUUACAUGGUUACGCGAACUGACAGACCUGCCCGUGGUGAUCAAGGGCAUCCAAUGCGUUGAGGACGCUGUGAUCGCUUACAAGCAUGGAGUACAAGGGAUUGUUCUGUCAAACCACGGUGGUCGCUCUCAGGAUACGGCUCAAUCACCACUACUGACCCUUUUGGAGAUCCGAAAAUUUGCACCAUACAUAGUCAAGAGCAAGAUGCAGAUCUUUAUCGAUGGUGGAAUUCGCCGAGGAACAGAUGUCCUCAAAGCCAUCGCCCUUGGAGCUACUGCGGUUGGAUUGGGCCGGCCAUUUUUAUUCAGUCUGUCGGGGGGUUACGGGGAGCAAGGAGUGCGGCGCAUGUUGGAGAUAUUGCGACAAGAGAUUGAGUCUAAUAUGGUGUUUCUUGGAGCAACCAGCCUUGAAGAGCUGUGUCCAGAGAUGGUGAACGCCAGUCGAUUGGAACGGGACUUGAUUGAUGUUCUUCUAUACGGCCUAGGAGCCAUCGGCUCCUUCUACGCAUUCAUCCUAAGUCGUUCCCCCAAUGUGCGAUUGACUGUGGUCGCAAGAUCCAACUACGACGCAGUGAAAGCAAACGGAAUCACAAUCAACAGCGAGAACCAUGGCCAGAAUACCUUCCACCCUUACCGAGUCGUGAAAUCGCCCGCCGAAGCUUCUCCAGUGGACUACGUCGUAUGCGCACACAAAGCCAUCGACCAAGAGAAGGUGGCAGCGCAAUUAAAGCCAGUCGUCGAUGAGGGUCGCACCACAUUCGUGAUUAUCCAGAACGGCGUUGGAAACGAGGUCCCUUUUAGAAGCCAGUUCCCCGGAUGUUCAAUCCUGACUUGUGUCACGUGGGUCGGUGCCACCCAAAUCAGUCCCGGCAUUGUCAAACACACCAAAUCCGAAGACAUGCAGAUUGGCUUGUUCCCCAAUCACCAAGCUGACGAUACAGUUGAGAAGCAGCGUCUCAAGGCUUUUGCCGACUUACUCGAGCACGGAAAAACUCGAUUCAAGGUCCUUGACGACAUGCAGGUACAGCGAUGGGAAAAAGUGGUAUGGAACGUCGCCUGGAACUCGAUUACCGCCUUGACUAUGGUGGACACUCAGACCUGGCUUCAUUCUUCCAAGGAUGCAGAACCGUUUACCCGACGGUUGAUGCAGGAAGUGAUCAAUAUCGCGCGUGGAUGCGGCGUGGAUCUUGCCGAUGACCUGAUUCAAAAACUCAUGGAUAAGAUCAAUGCUAUGCCUGGAAUUGGUAGUAGUAUGCAGACUGACUGUAAGAAUGGGCGGCCGAUGGAAAUCGACGUUAUUCUCGGCUUUCCCGUCCGCAAGUCCAAGGAGCUGGGUAUCCCUGCCCCUUACCUUGAGUCCCUUUAUUUGCUUCUGUGUGCGGUUGAUGGUCGAAUCCGAGCGGCAUUGUAG